AUGUACGACGCCUACCGCAACUGCUUCCAGUACCGGCCAGAUGUGCAACGGAAGCUUGUCAAGGCGGUGCAGCGGGAGAGGCACCUGCGGCACCUGGCUGCACCACACGCAGGAGACGCCGCUACUUCGAGUGCGGAGGUGAGUGCUGCAGUGUUGCGCAAGGAAGUGAUGGAGAUGGAUAGCACAUGCUGCUGCUGCGCUCUGGAUGCAGCGCAUCUAUUCGCCACCCCAGAGGACAUGCCGACCCCGCCUCUGCCGCUCUCUCGCUGCGAGCUGCACGAGGUCCUCCUGGCGCUGUCGCCGCGCUGGCAGAGCUACCCGUGGCGGCUCUGUUUCGACACCGCCAGUGACGGAUUCAGCCUCUCCAGCCUCUACCGCUGCAUGGAGGCGGUGGAUGCGAAGCAGUCGCAGGUGAAGACCGUCGCCUUCGGGCUGUUUUUUGUGCACUCACGCGAGGACGCCGCGCUGACGAACGCGCAGACCGCGAGCCCGGUGGACAGCCUCUCGGCCUCGUCGACGAGCCCCUCGUACGCGUUGUGGCCACCGACUGCCGGCGCACCUCAUUCGUUUUGCGAGGCGCACCACUCCAGCUCCCGCCGGUACGGCGCCGCCCACGGCGCGCUGCAGCAUAGUGUGCUCGGCUGCUUCACCCCUGAGGUGCCGUGCCUCGGUCGCCACGCUGCUAACAUAUACUUUGGCUCCACCGACACCUUCGUCUUCCGGCUGGAUCAGCUGAGCUGCGCUCCGUCGCGUGGGGCGUGGAUGGCGACGGAUGUGGAAAAAAAGCAGAGCUCACAAAGGGCGCAGCAGCAGGAGCAGCAGCAGCAGCAUGGCAAGGCUGCUGAGCCUCACACCUGUGCCCCGGCGACCUCCACAAGAGCAGUCGGUGCAGCACCAGCGUACGGUUACGCGAAGCUUGCCCUCGCCGAUGACGACAUUGCGGGAGUACCGGUGCCGAUGCCGAGCCGGGUGACCAUUGAGCACGCCGGGGACUCGAAGCACGCCGUCGACAAGUCGAUGGUACACUCGUCACCACUCCUACCGCCAAGCGAGGUGCCGCCGCUCCUGAAUCCGUCGCCUCUACGGGCAGCCGUCGUUUCAUCCAGCAACGCGGCUGCCAUGUCCAGCGUCCACGGCGCACCCGACAUCGUUGUGCCGUCCCCGCGGGGUAGGUGGCAUCGACUGCUGCGCCCUGUGCAGCCGGCUCGAGUGGUGCCACACGCGCCACUGUUAGAGAAGUUCACCUGGUGCGGCAACAUGCACAAUAGAAAGUUCAUCGUCUGCAACCCCCACUUCUUCGCCAUUGGAGGCGGCCAAAGUGGGGCGGCCCUAUACGUGGACGAGGCGCUGCAGUACGGCACGAGCAGCACUUGGUGCGAGACAUUCAACGCGCCGUGUCUCUUCGGCCCGCGCAUGGGCAGCGCCGACGUAUCCUCCGUACCGUCGUUGGUGCAGUCGUACAUGUCUGGAAACGACAGUCCCUCUGGCGGCCCUGCGCGCCCGACCAGCGGCUUGCCGCACGUCGAGUUCGCUAUCAGCCGCGUCGUGUGGUUCAGUGUCACAGAGGACAAGCGUACUCUGCGCAUGAUGAGCGCCGCCGACGCAUCUUUACCCUCUGCUGAGGCGCACCGCUGUGGCUGUGGGCGUUUCAGCUGCGCUAGCGCCAGCCACACCACCACUCUCGAUCCGAUGUCAACAGAGAAAUCAACAGCGCCAUCGCCGCCACCCGCCUCGACGUUUCUGCACCAGUGCGACUUGCUGCCGUUCGCGGCGCCAAUGUAG